AUGGAUUCGCCAUUCCGGCACACCAAGACCAAGGGCUUCGUCUCCAGCGCGGAGCUGAGCAUGAAGCAAGCGGUGCCGAGCGCGCCGGGGCCUGAGGGCAGGUCCCGCUUCCAGAAGGUCUCACUGGUGUCACGGCGGCUGGAGAGCACGGGGAGCACACGGGGCCGGGAGGGGAGUCCCUCCCGCGUCUCCCUCCUGCUGCAGGCCUGGGAGAGGGAGAUCGUGGAGAAGACAGCGGCCGGCUCCACCACCCUGACGCACCGGGAACGCUCGUCCUCCGUCAACCUACUCAAGGACUUCACCGCGCACGGCCCCAUCUUCUCGCAGGUGUAUUCCCCUGCGCAGAAGCCCCGGCGGCAGGACGAGAGGGGGAAGGUGGGGGCUGGCGGAGGCGGUGGUGGUAUCCCUCCACCGGUGGGUGCCCCCCGUGAGAUGCCCGUGCACAGGGAGAGCUACGUGCACGGCACCCUCCUCCCCACCCGACCUGCCGAGCACCCUGCAGGGGGUCCCGGCGAGGGUCCCAGUGCUCCGUGUGGGGCCGAGCCCGGCCACGUCUCUGCCCUGCCCAAGGCCAGGCACAUCACCGUGCUGCGGACGGGCAGGGAUGCAGCCAGGCCUGAGCCGGGGCUGGCGGAGGGAAGGGAAGCCCAAAAUGGGCUGCACAAUGCUGCUGACGCCACGACGGCCCUGCCGCAGCCGGAGAGCCGCGAGCAGGACAGCAGCAGCUUUGCUGGGGCUGCAGCGGGCAGCGAGAGCUCGCCGGGCACCGCGGAGACCACCGGGCUCCCGACCGAGGGAUCCCCCGGGGAGAAGCACUCACCACAAGCUGAAGCUGCGCCGGCAAACACAGCCCUGAGAGACGGUGACAGGCCUGGGGACCCACAAACCAGUAUAACCAGCUCCCCACAGUGUCCCUCGGCGGACGCCAGCAGCCAGGCGGAUCUGGCUGGCGCAGGAGAGGAAAGCACGGCAGACGGGGAUGGUGCCAUUUCAGCCAUGCCACCGAGGACAGAGAGCCCCCCGGGAGCUGGCAGCACUCCCGAAAACCCCUCCUUGGAUGCGAGUGAUGCUCCAGAGCCUUCAUCCGAAGCACCAGCAUCUCCAAAGGCUGAGGUUGAGUUGGAGGGGGGUGAGACGACGGGGGACCCCCAGGGCACGGCCCAAGAGCCCAAGAGCAGCCCAGAUCCCCCCACUGAGCCCCCGGCCCAGGACCCACGGGCCGAGAGCCCCCCAGACGUGACCGAGGAGGACCCCGAGCUGCUGGUGGACAUGGAGAUCUUCGUGGACACGCUGCGCAACAUGGAGCCCUCGGAGAUGCGGAAGGCUCCCAAGGCCCCGCGCCAGCCGCGGCCGUCAUCGCUGGGCCGCUGUGCCGCUCUGCCCCCAAUCCACGAGGACCACGUGGCCCCCCGCGCCCCCGUCUCCCUACCCGAGGCCCUGCGCGAGCUGCUGGCGCGGGGCCCGGCGGGGCGGCGGGAGGAGGCCCCCAAGGAGGAGGUGGAGCUCGAGAACCCCUACCUGAGCCCUGAUGAGCAGGCACCGCACCGGGCGGCUGCAGCCGAUGAGGGGAAGCCCUACUCACGCCUGGACAACAGUGUGCUCUACAGCCGCUUCGUCUCCCCCAGCACCACCCCGCUCGAGCUGCCCAGCAGGGAUGGUGCGGGCACGGGCUCACCCAUCCCUGGGGACCACAACGGGCUGGGCCCUGGGGACCACCCUGGCCCCGAGAUGGCCGUGCUGGAAGCCCUGAAUCCUGGCUGCAUCCCUCCUAUCACGGAAGAGCCAGAGAGUGCCAUGGCCCUGUGCCCCGCUGAUGUCCUGCAGGAGGACCAGGAGGGCUUCAAGAAGAUCAACACGAGACCUGGCAAGAUCAUCCUCUUCUCCGAGGCCGGCUUUGCGGGCCAGAAACGGGAAAUCUGGGGCGAUGUCCCCGAUGCCACAUCCUGGGAGCUCUCGCACACCAUCUCCAUCCGGGUCAUCCGAGGCGGGUGGGUGAUGUACGAGAAGCCACGGUUUCACGGGCGCAAGUGCGUGCUGGCCGAGGGGGACGUGGAGAUCGACAACCCCUGGACGGCGUAUGGGGAGAGCGGGCAGCCCUGCGGCAGCCGGCCCUUCCGCAUCGGCUCCUUCAAGAGGGUGGUGCGGGAUUACCGCACCCCCGAGAUCAGCCUGUUUGCGGACGAGAAUGGCGAAGGCACCCGGCUGAAGUUCACCGACUCGGCCGAGGACACCCGCACGCGGGGCCAGGCGCUCACCGCCGCCUCCAUCAUCGUCCACUCGGGCUUGUGGCUGGUUUACUCCAAGCCUUUCUUUGACGAUGACCCCUACGUUUUGGAGCCAGGCGGGUACCCCAAUUUAAAGGCUUGGGGAGCAAAGGACCCCUCCAUCUGCUCCAUGCACCCCAUCAGGCUGGGCUGCCCCGUCGUGGAGAGACCCGGUGAGCCGCAGGUGCUGAUCUACGAGGCUGCCGGUUUCCAGGGCCGCAGCUUCACCAUCAGCCGAGACAUCUACGACGUGAAGCGCCUGCCUGGGCCAGCGCUGCCCACCGUGGGCUCCCUGCAAGUCCUGGGUGGCUGCUGGGUUGGCUACGAGAAGGAGGGCUUCCGUGGCCACCAGUACCUGCUGGAGGAAGGGGAGUACCAGGACUGGAGGCAGUGGGGCGGCUACAGCAAGGAGCUGGUGUCCUUACGGCUGAUACGGACGGUGAGGGCAGGACCCCGGCUGAGUGUGUGGAGAGCGCGUGGCCUCGAGGAGGGCCCAAGCGUGGAGCUGAGCGAGGCGCUCCCUGACACGCAGCUGGCCGGCUAUGGCACCGUCACCCAGUCCAUCCACGUGCUGAGCGGCGGGUGGGUGGCCUACGAGGGCACCAACUUCUCGGGCGAGCAGUACAUCCUGGAGAAGGGGGUGUACCGCAGCUGCGAAGACUGGGGCGCCACGGAUUGCCACAUCGCCUCGGCACAGCCCAUCCUGCAGGUCGGGGAACACAACCUCCAUUUCGUCUCCAAGAUCUUGCUCUUCUCAGAGCCCGACUUCUUGGGGGACCACGUUGCCUUCGAGGAAGACCAGGACGCCCUGCCCACCGCCUUCGUCCCGCGCUCCUGCAGAGUCCGCGGGGGCAGCUGGAUCCUGUUCGACGGGCAGGCCUUUGCCGGGGAGCAGCACGUGCUGUCCGAAGGCGAGUACCCCACGCUCAGCGCCAUGGGCUGCCUCUCCUCCACCGCCAUCCGCUCCUUGAAGAAGGUCCCGGUGUUUUUCUCGGAGCCCUCCAUCUUCCUGCACGGGCUGGAGUGUUUUGAGGGGAAGGAGAUCGAGCUGAACAACGAAGUGCGGAGUCUCCAGGCAGAGGGUUUCAACAACCACGUGCUGUCGGUGCGCGUCAAAGGCGGGAUCUGGGUGCUGUGCGAACACGGUGACUUCCGAGGGCGCCAGUGGCUGCUGGACUGCACCGAAAUCACCAACUGGCUGACGUACAGCGGGCUCCAGCACGUGGGAUCGCUCUACCCCAUCCGCCAGAGACGGAUCCAUUUCCGCAUCAGGAGCCGGGAGCUGGGGCUCUACCUCUCCGUUCCUGACGACGUGGAGGACAUGAAAGCGGGACGCGUGGUGGUCUCCAGCCUCGGCGAGCAGAGCAGCUCCGUCUGGUACUACGAGGACGGGCUGAUCAAGAACCAGGUGGCCCCCAACAUGAGCCUGCAGGUCAUCGGGCCGGCUGGGAAGGGCGCGAAGGCUGUGCUGUGGUCCGAGACCCGGAUGCCACGUCAGACCUGGAGCGUCGAUUCUCAGGGACGGAUCCACAGCCAGAUGUUCGAGGACAUGAUCCUCGAUAUAAAGGGGGGCCGAUCCUACGACCGGGACCACGCCAUCGUUUGGGACGUGGCUGAGGAAAGACCCACGCAGAUCUGGGACCUAGAGGUGCUAUGA